AACAGUCGCUCCUCCCCCCGUGGCGCACGGCCGGGUGGACUGGCCCUUUAAGAGGAAUAAACACGACAGCUGAGCUCCGCACGAGCCAAGCGCGGCAUCGACGCUCUUUACAUUUCAUCGGUAAAAACACCGGGUACGGAUCGUUCGGUGCCACUGUAUUACAUUUCUUUUUAACACCAGGAUUCAUAUGAAGUGGACUUUUAAAUCCUAGGAGGAGAAAUGCGAGCCGGCGCCCUGCCGGCGUUGCUCUCUGGUGCGUAAUUGAUUCGGACUUCCUGCACACCAGCCAGGCUGCACCUCAGGGAGCUUCUCCUAAUAGAACUAAGUAAAUAACAAUGGAAGACAAGCGCAAGAAGCGAAGCCCAAAAGUGUCCCUCCCCCAACCGCCUCCACCACCCAUCAACCCCCGCAAGCUCUCCGUCCUGCCUGCCAGCAAAAGUGCCACCUUCUCCCUCGGCCUGCCGCAGCCUCCCUCCCCCAAGAACAGAGGCAAAUAUAAAAGGUCCAUAGGAGCACCGGGACAGCCCAAAGACGUGUUCGCAGCGGUCGUUGCUCCACCAAAGAUCACCAGACCCCACAGGGAGAAGCCCAGGGCCCCCCAGCCAGCAGGGCCCAGUAAAGUAGUCCAGUCGUCCCCCCUGCAGCACUCCUUCCUCACCGAUGUCUCAGAUGUGAGAGAGAUGGAGGGAGGCCUCCUCAACCUCCUCAAUGACUUCCACUCAGGCAAACUGCAAGCUUUCGGUAAAGUAUGCUCCUUUGAGCAGCUCGAACACGUGCGGGAAAUGCAGGAAAAGCUGGCACGAUUGCACUUCAGCCUUGACAGCCACGUGGAAGAGCUUUCCGAGGACCAGAGGAAAUGUGCCUCCGACCACAACCUGGAACACCUGCUCUGCAACCUUGAAGAGCUCAGCACCUCAAUACAAAAGCUCCACUUGGCUGAGAAUCAGGACCUGCCCAAGACAUCUGGUCCCUGACAGAGUGAGGUGUACGGGAUGGCAACCACACACUCGUCUAACGUGGAAUCGAUCCAGCUGCCUUAGUAACAGGAUGGAAAGAUCAACGGGAGGAGGGGCUCGUUUUUUCCAUUGGGUCAGUGAAGCUGAGGGAACAAAGCAAGGACUCGAGAGCAGCAGAGCAUUAACUGAACACUCGGUCAAAAUCAUGAACCGCUCUCAUUCAUAACACAAAAAAAGAAACUCGAUGGUUAACUGAUCAGGAAUCUGUGAGAAUAUCCUGUAUGUUAACUUUCCCUUGGCUUUAGUUUUGAGUUACAUAAUUUUAAGAAAGAAGUCAAUCCAGGUGAGUGAACUCAAUGGCUCUGUUGUUUUUUUUCAUGCCAAAAAGCACAUUUAAUGAGACUUCGAAAUAUUUAUACUGUUUCUUUUUGUUGUAUGUAUAUGCCUAAUCUGUGACAUAUUCCAUCUAACUGUAUGCAUCCGUAAGCAAAGGUAAGGAAUCUGCACAUUCAAGUAGCAAACACAUUCGCCCCUUUUGACAGCACCACUGUGGCUAGCUCUGAAGUUUAAAGGGAGUUUUGCUCUUAUUCUGAAAGCACUCCCUCAUUUUUAUAUCUUUGCUAAAGGUUUGCUAUUGGAAAACACUGGACGUGGAAAACAAAAUGUUUAUUUUCUGUGUAUAUUGCUGAUAUCAAUUUUGAAUUAUGUGCAGUUUAGCUGCUGUAUUGGACAGGAUUACCUUUAGGCUUUUCUUUAAAAAAAAUAAAAAAAUAAAAACAGCAGUAGCAGCAUCCCUCCAAGCACAAGCUAGUUCACCCUGCUGCUGAAAUGCUAGAAAAUCACGUACCAUUGCAUGAAGGUCAAACAGUAGUUUGUUCAGUCUUACAAGGACCGCACAUGCGUAGUGUUUUGCAGCUAGCAUAGAUUUCUAAACAGUGCUAUUUCAAAAUGGCAGCUACUUUGAUAUAAAGGUUCAGUGAUUAUGAUUUGUGUUUUAUUAAAUUACAAACCCAAGAGUGUACUUUGGAUGUCAUGUUUAAUCAUGACCAUAGAAUUACAGAGAUAUUAGUGUUCACUGUUAAACAUGAGAGCAUUUUGAAGCAAUGCUCCCCCCCUUUUUUUUUUCCAAAAUCGUGUGCUAAGCCUACCUCUUUUCAAGCCUUUGAUCAGUCCUCUUUCAAGGAUUCUUUACAGCCAGACAUUUUUGUUUUUUUACAAAUGAAGUGUAGUCGUCAUCAGAAGGCUAGUUAUGGUUAGCUUUUACUAAGCAUGUCAUGAAUGAAGCAUAAGGAAUUAAAAAAGAACACCUGAAGCUUGUGUUUCCAGUAACUCCACCUAUUAAUAAAGCUAUAUUAGAUUACCUAAGAUUAAUAAUGUGUGUUUAAUGGACAGAAGUCAUCUUUCAAUUUUAAAAAUGAUCUAUGUUUGUGAUUAGCAAGUUAAUCCUUCCACCCCAUUUUCAGUCUUUGAAUGACGCACGCUGAAGUUGGUUUUACAGAAAUAAAACAGUUUAUUCAUAUAUCUUCUUGCUCUUGUUCACAAACAAGUUCAGUUAUAAUUUAACAAUAGAUGAGUUAAAAGGCUACUUGAAGACUGGCACUAUAUUGAGACAAUAUCAGACCUGGGCUGUGACUGUUUCUCAGGCAAAUGAAGAAGUAAAAUUUUUCCCUUCUCAGAGUUCGAGACCAACCUUCUUCUACGAGUCCACGUACACAUAAAUCAACAGUUUUGAUCUGCCAGUAAAUUUUGGUCAUGCAAAAAGAGACAUAGUACCAACUCAGCACAUUAUAUAUGACUUUUAAACCAUUACACAAGAGAUAAAUUAUAACUGUACCGUCAUACAGCAAACAUAUAGAAUAAGCUAAUACUGUGCAAAUACACAUUUGAGCUGUACAAAAGUAUUUUUGUACUAUGCUUGUUAAUCUCAGUUCAAAAAUCUCCAACUACAUAAAGAUAUUUUAAAAAUAUCACAUCACAUCUGAUGAAACAGCAAAAAUAUACAACUUUCAGGUCCCUGUGUUCUUCCUCUCCUUUUUGUGCAUUUUAAUUUUACAUUCUGCAAUAGUGUCUCUGAUUUGUCUACAGUACAUGUAGAGUUUAUGGAAAAACAAAAACAAAGCAACGACAAUGAGCUACUUUCAAAGUGCAAAGAGAGCAGGUUGGACAUGUGAAAAGACCUGAUGCCAUUAUGUUACAGCCAUCCAUGCUUCUGUACCAGACGGAAUCUCACUGAGAUAAGAAUAAGAGCUCCAACUUCUUAAGGACUUUCUCUGUGUUUAUAUAAAAGUGCAGGCACUAUAAGAAAUGAUAAUGAAACAUCUUCAAGUAAGAUCAGUUUUAAUGCUGUCCCUCUUUCGACAUUUGGUUCUGUUUGGAGUCUGCUUUACCUUACGAUAAGGUCCUCAGGAUAUCAUUUAGACUUUUAUGGACAUUGACAGGCUGGGAGGCGGCACACUCGCUCAGGCUUGGCCCCAUCUGGGCAUAAAGGGCUUGGCACAGGUUGGCAGUAGCACCCCUUACGCUGCCGCCCCGGCCAUGAAUGGUGCCGCUGUGGGUAGAGGUGCCCAAGAGGUGCCAGAGCAAGGGCAGCACUUUCUGCUCUACCAUCUGGGGCUUACGAGGGUAGAGCUCUGCCACAAGAUCUAAAUAUAGAAGAUGAGAAGCAAUACACUACAUUUAGAUACAUCAAAGCAGAAGCUGAUUACAGUGCAGAACUAGGACACCAGACAUACCUGCGACCUUUUCGAUAAGGUUCACCUUUGCCUUCCCGCUUAAAAACUGAGCCUUGGCGCAAAAAGGCUGAAGGAGAAGUAUGUUGUCUGUAGCAGGCAAAAAAAUGAAAGUCAAAUUAAAGCAAUCUUUUAAUCAAAACUUUCUCCUCUAUUUUAAUGCUCAAGUAAGUACCUAUAUUUAAGAUGAGUGCAUUAAUAGCUCCAAUAGCAGCAGAGCAGAUGGCAUUGCUCUUUGAGUUGAGGUGAUUGUCCACGAUUGCUGGGAUCAGGAUGUUGACCACUUGGGACAGGUUGUCCUUUAACAAGUGGAUGAUUUUCUGUAAAGACUCCAGGGCAUACAAGUUGACCUUGCUGUUGGACUCCUGCAGCCUGGCUCUGAAGGCAUCAAACACCUAGAAUUAGGGAGAUCAGAAAGUGAAGGAUAAACACUUUGUCAUUAUAAUGAAAAGACCACAAUGUACAUAAAGACGUACUAAAUGGAUUUGGAGAAAAAAAAAAGAAAAUACUAACCGGGAAUAUACUGUUGAUAACCAUGUUUGGGUUGUUUUGGCAGUCAGCCACUAGCUGGUCGAUGCCUUUGAUCCUCUCUCUGAAGUCCUUUGACGCCAGCAGAUCCGAGAUCUGCUUGAUGUACUCAGUCUUGUCUGCAAAACUCUGUGUCUGAGAUCUACAGCUGUAAUGGCUGUGAGACUCCCUGUAUAUAAAAUGCAUCACAAUUCACGUGUUUUCCAUAUGUAUUACACAUUUGUGAAAAAUAAAUUUGCCUUAAUGGGC